AUGGCUAAAGUGUUCAAGGGUAGUCAUGCGGCUGGCAUCUUCGCCGACAUGUCGGUUGAUGGGCCACCUAUUGGCACUCUGGUGGCUAUUAUCGAUCGCGCAAAGAAUCUCCCCAAUCGCAAGACUAUGGGGAAACAGAACCCUUACUGCGCAGCACGCUUGGGAAAGGAAGCAAAGAAAACUCCAACGGAUUUGCGAGGUGGACAAACUCCUAGAUGGGACCACGAGCUCCGUUUCACUGUACACCAAUCCCCGGACUACUACAAGCUAAAAGUUUCUGUGUUCAACGACGACAAAAAGACUGAUCUUAUUGGAGAAACGUGGAUCGACUUGAACAACCUUAUUAUUCCUGGAGGAAGCCAGGACGACCACUGGCACCCACUGCAGUCAAAAGGCAAAUACUCUGGUGAAGUUCGAAUCGAGAUGACAUACUAUGAUACCCGACAACAAGAUGAGGCAAUUAUUGAGAAGCGAAAAGAAGCAGCAGAAAGGGUCCAGGGCAAACCAGCUGCUGCUGCCAUCACAUCAAGCUCUGGCUUGUCGGGUCCUAGACAACUGAAUGCUUUCAAGCGACGACCACUGCCUACUGACCCAUCAGGAGUAGCCCCUCCUAGACCUCCUGUUCAAGAGCAACCUCAGCCAGCCCCUGCAUUGCAUCACCCAAUGCCUUCACGAAACAUACGGGAACAAGUCCAAAAUAUGCCCAUGGCUUCUGUUCCCGAGCCCGCCCAAACUUACCCGCAAAGACAUCACUCAGAGCCCUCAUAUGAGCAACACUAUAAUGCAUCACCUCAAUCUAGGGCGUAUGACGCCCCUGAAAACUAUCAACGCGAAUGGGAAGCUCCAGCCUCAGCCCCAGCGCUUCCUCCGGCAGGUGCAAUGAGACGUAACCCUCCACACGAAACGACUUAUGCCAGUCACGAGAACCCAGAGCUUGCAUAUGACUCGCGCCCACUGCAACCUCGCAGCCACUCCGACUAUGACCAGCAUCCUCCGAGAGAGUAUCGCACUGUGUCCCAAGAGCCAUCGUAUGAGGUCGAUAUGCACAGUAGGGCAGUAUACGAGCAGGGUGAGAAUAUCUACAGUCCACUCUCACCCCAAUAUACUGCACCUCCUAUGUCAUUCGGACCGGUGUCAACAUUCACCCCACGCCAGCCAGCAUAUGCAGAUGAGCCUCCACCUCUGAGCUACUCGCGGCCGAGUUCAUCGUCCGGGCCAGCAGGUGACCCUCGCUACCAGCCGCACGACGUUCGAGCACUGCAGCCAAUGCAUCGUGAAGUCUAUCAUCCUGAAUACGCCACUAUGCAGCCACGUGUGGAAGAUGAAGAUGAGGAUGGCCCACCUCCACCCCCACCAGUUCAUCGGUCUCGUAUGGCACAGCACCCACAGGCGAUGCAGCCAAUGCAACAACCGAUGCAACCAAUGCAGUCAGUCCAGCCAGCCCCGCCAGCUGCCAGGGAGCCCACAUCGUCGUAUCAGCCGUACACCCCGGGACACUCUAACUCCACAUCUCCCAUGCCCACCAGUCUCGUCGCUGGUUACGAGCCCGAGGAAUUCCCGAAAUAUGAGGAUCGACUCGGCCGGAGACGAAGCGCUCUUUUUGACGAUGAGAUGAUGAUUUCUCAACCGCCAGGACCGGGGGCCCUUGUACCCGUAUCCAAGACUGCCCAAGCACCACCUUCGCCCUAUGACUCUCCCAUCUAUCCUCUCCGUACCUCUCCACAGCCACCGACUGCCGAGCGACCGACCUCCAGCCGCGGUGGGUCUACCAGCACAGAUAUGCGAAUGGUAACACGAAAAUCGGUCAGCCCCCGACCCUCAAUCUCUAGUGACCGUGAACGUGCCUCUUCGAUCCCAUUCUCGCCCGACUCAUAUAACUCCAUCAACCCACAUGCAGCACGGCCCAACAGCAGAGAUCCUACACCAGCCUAUGACUCGCCAUCAACUGCCAGGGACGCAAAUGCAGUGGUCCGCUCCGAGGUUGAAUCUAUUCGGGAUCUCAGCCAGCCUAUCAUUGGUGACGAUGGCCGUGAGAUUGAUCCAUCUGAUCAUCUUCCUACGGACACUUGGGCUCCAGAGCCAGAGCGGAAGAAUCGCAAGGCGGAGGUCAUCAUUCGCUUCAAGCAUUCUCCUCGGGACCGGCCCACUUCCCGUGGUAAUGACACCGCUUCUCGCAGCCCCGCGCCGCCUCGCGUGGGCUUCAGGACGGAGACUAGUUCAUACAGUUCCGAUCGUCCGCGAUACACACCGAGCCAUCAGCCUAGCCCUGAUCCAGCACCGCAACGAGGGUACGAUAACUAUGGAGGUGGUUACACACAAACUCGAGGCUAUAGCGCACCAACAUCAACUGAACGCCCCCGCUCAUCCCGUGGCUCCGUUUCACCAUCUCCUGGUUCUCGCUCUCCACUGUACGACUACAGCUCCGGUCCACCAAUCCCAUCCAAGGUCCCGAUUGCCCAAGCCUCUCCUAGUUACCCGGUUGCUGCCAGUAAUGCCAGCAGCGGGAAUCCUGGUAUGGAUGCCUUGAGUCGGGAGUUAAAGACCAUUGAGAUUGGCUCGGCUGGAUGUAGCCCAAGUCGUACUGUUCGGAGAUAUGCCCCAGCUCGUCAAUCAGCAUCGAUUGGAUAUGCUAGUUAA